ACAAGCUUGCCUUUUUUCUAAAGUAAAGCUUUGUCAACCAACCAUAGCUAGUCUUACCUUAUCCAAAGUCCAAACCCAUAUCUCUAAGUUAUCCUUUGUACGCUCUGCCCUUGGCUGCAACUAUUCAAUCUACGCGACAGAUUGUGGGCAUAACGAAGAUGGCAACAUCAGCAGUUCUUGCUCCAGCAACAGUCACCGGUGCCUUGAUAAGGUGCGGUAGCAGAACCCCGAAGAGAAUGAAGAAGGUGGUGUAUCUGAAUGGAUUGAAUUCCUAUGGAGGUCUUAAAGCACACAACAAGGUGGUCUCUCUCGGCCUACCACCAUGCACUGAGCAGUGCUUCGCAAAUGUUGUGAGCUCACUCAAGACAACAUCCAAAAGAAGUGGUGGUGGUGCACUUUCUUCUACAUGCGAUGCUGCGUCUGAGAUAUUCAAGAUUGCUGCCAUCAUGAAUGGACUUGUUCUAGUUGGGGUUGCAGUUGGCUUUGUUCUUCUGCGAAUUGAAGCAUGGUUAGAAGAAUCUGAAUCUGAGUGACAAAUAUUCUUCUCUACCUAAUGUUUAAUUGAUUUGUUUUGCUGUAAAAUCAAAGUUUGCAGGAAAACUCUUUGUAAUUUUUCGCAAUAAAUUUAAUCUUUAGUUUACACAUUCA